UGAUUCGAAAUUUGACUUCACAACAUCCAGUAGAGCUCACAUCUUUUUUCAAUCAGAUGGAUGUUCAGGCACUGACAAUGAAAUCAACUAUCUUGAACAUGUGCAGGUGAUAAUCAGCCUGUCCUAUCCGUACCGUGGAGCAGUUGGUAUUUUGCUAGAAUCACCAUCCGGCACCAAGACAGUACUGAUGGAAACACGUCCGCGUGAUAACAGCUCUGUCGGUCUGACCGCGUGGACGCUCACCUCAGUGCAUCAGUGGGGCGAACCGGCGGACGGACGGUGGACGGUCAAGGUCGGAGCCAAGGUCGUCGAAGGUCAAGUUGGAGAGGGGGGACAUUUUGCUGACUUCAAAAAUGGUGUAUCGCGAUUGGCGCAGCAUCGGUUUGGGUCACAUCGCGAUAACGACCUUGAUGAGAGACAUAACCAUUAUGACCGACACGCUGUAACUAGUGAUGAAGAUGGUUCAGCUGAUCGACUGUCUGACCUUGAAAGACGUUUGAUUGACCUUGGGACUAGUUUGGAUGACCUUCACGAAAAUGCAAAUGAACUUCGACCUAGUUUGGACGACCUGGAACCUCGUAGAAACUUCCAUCAACCUAGUUUGGAUAAAGUUGAAGGUCAUGUGAAUGACGUUGAACCCAGUUUUGGUGACCUUGAGAAUCCUGGAUACCACAAUCGACCUAGUUUUGGUGACCUUGAGAAUCCUGGAUACCUCAAUCGACCUAGUUUUGGUGACCUUGAGAACCCUGAAAUACACAAUCGACCUACUUUUGGUGACCUUGAAAGUCACAAUCGACCUACUUUUGGUGACCUUGAAGGUGCUGAUCAUCCCAAUGACCUUGAAAGUCGUGAGACCCACCAUCGACCCAGUUUCAAAGGCCUUGAUGACUUGAUGAUGAAUGUGGAUGGUCACGUGACAAGUGUCAGGAUACUGUUGCAUGGCACUAGAGAAAUGCCUGAUCAUUACAAGGAUGGAAGGAGAGGGUAUUCUACUUAUGGACAUCCGAGAGAGAUGGAUGAUGCUGAUGAGGAUGAUGUUAAUAGGAAGAAGGAGAGGAGUAAGAGGAGGAUGGUGUGAGGUUCCUUAUAUUUUUCCUUCUUCUACUAUAUACGGCUUUUUUUCCUCUGUCUUCCUCUUUUUCUUUCUCUUCUUGUCCUUGUUCUUCUUCUAUUUCUCCUUCUCCUCCUCCUCCUGUGGUUUUCUCCUCCUCCUGUGUUUUUCUCCUCCUACUGUCUCUUCUUCAUCCCCUGCUAUCUCUUCUUCUCUUGUCUUCUACUUUUUCUCCUAUCUUCUUCUUAUUAUUAGGCUAUACUAUCUGCUUUUUUCCUGUCUUGUUUUUCUUCAAUGAGAUGCAGAGGUUUGAACUUGAGUUGUGAAAUUCUAUUGUUUGUUGAGAAUCAUAGGUACGUGUAAAUAAUAUGUAGUCCAAAAUAAAAAUGUUCAGAAACAUAAAAAACGCCAUAAUAUAUAUUUUUAUCACUCAUUUCUUCAAACUUCCCCUCAUUUAUUGCAAUAUCGCAGCUGCGUUUUGAACUUGAGUUGAGUUGGGAAAUUCUAUUGUUUGAAGAACAAGAUAAUCAUAGAUACGUGUAAAUAA